AGCAGGAAGCACAUCAGCCUAAACAGGCGUGCACGUACGUGUGUGCGCGUUCGCAUUUUCAGAUUGCAGGUGCCUGGGGAACCUGUAACCCAGAACAACAGAGCAAGAGGCAAGGGCCUGGGUCUCCUCCCACAUCGGGGCCCAGAAAAAGGGCUGGAGACUGAGCUUCACUUCCAGCUCCCCAGGCUCUGUUCCAGCAGCACCUCGGCUUCUCCAGUACCUCCACGCUUGCCUUCCUCCUCCUUAGCAACCAGGAGGCUGUGGAUACCGCCUGCCGGUGGGGGCCGGGAAGGCCACCGGGAGCCCGAGCGCCCAGGCGCCGCGGCGGCCCAGCCCAGCAGCCAGGCGCACGGGCGGCCGCAGUGCGGAGUCCCCCCCGAAGAGCGCGCCUGUUGCGGCGCCAGCGCCCAGGAGACCUCAAGCACCCACCCUCCGCACCUGCCGCGGGGGCCCAGAGAGGUCCUGCAAAAAUGAGCCAUUCUCACUCUGCUGGGUUGCUUGCAGCAUAUAAUAGUCUUACUGAUAAACACCUGGCUGGAUAUUUCAACAAUGCAAGAAUGAGGCGGCAUCUCUUAAAAUCAGGGCUGAUCUCAAGAAAUGGAAGAAUACUUUCUGAAAAAGAAUACAAGCUAAAUAUCAUGAGCCAGGAUCACCAAAAGUAUAUCCGGGAGUGCUUAGCCCAGGCUAUAUUCCAUAAGGUGCUCGACAUGGAGCGUUACAAUCAGCUUGAAAUAAAAAAGAAGCUAGAGACCUUAGCUAGAAAGGAGAGAAUUCCGAGAUUUAAGGGAGAACCAACAAGAUGGUCUAUAGAAAGUAAUAUCCCAAUCCUAUCUCCCCGGCCCCCACUUGGCCCAAAGGCUAACCGUGGCCAUGGUGUUCUGGUUGAUGGAGGACAUACCAGUCCAGUAACCCUGACAGCCCCUCGACCAUACACUGCUCCAGGAAAUAUGCAACCUCCAAUUCGGUUACAGCCUCUUCCCAGAAGUCCUGCAGUAGGCACUGUUCCAAAGAUAACUUCGGGGUCCAGAUCAAAAACCUCAUUGCUGGAAAAUAAGGCACCAUUUCCCAUUGGGGGCAAGAAAGCAGUGAAGAAGUUCAGGAACUUCAUGGACAAUUCACAGGGAAUGAAUCAGUAUCAACUUCUGAACAUUACCAGUCACCUGAUGCCCAUUCCUCCUCCACCUCCUCCCCCCCGUGGAAGAGGCGCAGGGGAAAACAGACCUGAACCGUGGAGAAGGAGAAGAUUUCGUCCAAUCACUGCUCCAAAUGGCUUAGAACCUCUCUUUACUAGGGACUUAAGAAGGAUCCCUAAAACACCACUGCACAGUAAUGCAGCUAUUACAAUGAUCUACUUGGGAAAAAACGUGCGCCUAUCGUAUGAUCACACAGACUUCCGGGAUGAAAUAAAAGUUUAUCAACAACACUGUGGUGGGGAAAACCUUUGUGUCUACAAAGGCAAACUACUUGAAAAAGAGACUUUUCAGUUUAUUUCCAAAAGGCACCACGGUUUCCCCUUCAGUCUCACCUUUUUCCUGAAUGGGAUGCAGGUGAACAGGUUAAGUUCCUGCUGUGAAUAUAAGCAUCGAAAAGGUUCCAGACUUGGAGGCAAACGAGGCUACUUUGGGCUUGUGUGUGUCGAGAGAUCAUCUCCUUGCUACAAGUGCAUUAUUGCAAUGGGCCUUGACAAAAAACUAGCUUCACCAAAAUUGAAGAAAGAAAAGAGUAUUGAGAAAAGAGAGGAACUGAAGAAGGGUGAGGGGAAGCUGAGAAAGACGAGAAAGCACAUAAUACUGAAACAGAAUGACCUGGAGGGGAGCAAAGCCUCUGCUUCAGUCAUGUUUUCAGCUCAAGAAGAAAACACAGGGGUGGAGGAAGUGAGGACAGCUGUGGAGGAGAUGGAACGUACAGGACAACCCCGACUAGAUGUCUGGGAAGAUGACCACCAAAAUAUGCUUAAAUAUGAAUAUGAAGAAGAUUUUGAAGUAGAUGAGGAGAAACAAGAUGAGAAAGCUCAUGAACAAGGACAGGCUGGUGAUCACAUGAAUGGAAUGUCAAAGUCACCCUCAGAUGGCGAAAAAGAUAAUUUAGACCCUGAAAAGAAGAGUGAAAGCUUGUGGCAGAAGGCAACAGAUGCUGAUGACAAUGUGAAAGAUGAAGAUGACGGACGUUCUGAUAGUGAAUUAGAUGAGGAUGAACAAGGCAAGCUAACUGCCUCCUCAAUCUCAUCCAGAAGUCACUCAUGUUCUAGCUGCAGUGAAGAUGAGUCUGCACUGGGAGACAGGGACGUCCACACUGGAAACAGUCCAGAUGCCAGAAGUUCAUCUUUUCAGGAGUCCAAUGAAAAUGAUGAACCAGGAAAAUCCCACCUUCCAAUUAAGGAUUCACUAGAAACUGUAAUUGAAGACCGAAAACUGGUAAAAGCAGAUGUGGAUUCCAAGCCUCUACCUAUAGAAGAAAGCUUGGAGAAUGUUCUUGAGGAAGAAACCAAGAAAAGAAGCCAAACGAAUGCAGAGGGCUUAUCUGAGAAGGCCAGGGAACAUAUUUCUGAGGAAGAAAAGGAAAAGGAUAAGAGUAAGCUUUGGGAAGGAAGCACUGCUAAGGUGAAAGACAGAAAGGCAGGUCCUUGUAGGGUGGAGACAAGCGCUGGACAGAUAAUAGCGGAUGCCAUGGAACCUGGCCACCACUGCCACCCUGGCACCGAGUCUGGCGUUCACAGCACAGAUGAGGAAGAGAAGCACUCGGGGACGCUGGAGACUGACACAGAUGCAGCACCAAAUAAGAAUUUAGUGGUUAAGGAAAGGGCAGCACUCAACUCAAACAAGGAAUCCAAGCAAGCUGCAUUAGAAACAUACAUACUGGAGAAGAAAGAAGCGGUGGAGGAAGAUGAAGCUCCCCAACACAGGGAAGCUGACACAAUGGAAGAGCAAGGGGCUGCAGCGCUGUGGAGAGAAGCGGAGGGUCACCACGUUCCCUUAAGGCAGGGGACGCCAACCGCCGGGCCGCCAGCGCCAGUUGAACGGUUUGCCAAGGAAAGAGAGGCGCUUCCGGGCCCAGCUAGCAGGGCGGAGGCGGAUGCAGCCGGGGCUAGAGGGCUGCAUAAAGCGGCGGUUAACCCCUCGGGAAAGGCAGCAUCAGGAGGCUCACGUGGUUGGGAUGAAAAUGAAACUCCCCGCCAGCUGGCCUUGCUGCACAGCGCCCUGGAGACAGAGAAGGCAGCUUCUGAGGAGGAACGGGGCUCCGAGGAGGCGGCGCUGACGGGCAGGGCGGUGGCCCUGAACUCAGAGCGCGCUGAGGCGGAGGCAGCGCCCAGGGCUGCAGUUGCCGCUGGGAAGGGCGAGGCCGAGCCGGGGGAGGCUGGGAGGCAGGCGGCGUCUGAAAGGCCGGAUGUGGAGCGCAGUGUAGAGGAAGCAUCCACAGACCUAGAGGCCAUGGCAUCCGUGGAAGACGCAUCCAAGAGACAGGGUGGCUCAGGAGAGGCCAUACGUGGGGCGGAGGAACAGGCCCAAGAGAAGGAGGCAGCGACGGAAGCGCCAACGCCUCGGAGGUCCUCGGCUUCUGCGAAGGCCGCAGCAGCCCCGGCGGGCGUUCUGGGGGACAGGCUGCAAGGACUUUCUAGGGGAGACGGGGAAGGGGAGGGCGUUCAGACCGAGGCAGGGGCUCCUAAGGAAGGUGACAGGAAAGAAACAGCGCCCCAGGAAUUUGAUGCAGCGGCAGAGACGAGGAAAUCUGAGGGGCCGGAAGCCCCUUGCAGGGAAAUGGAAUCCGCGGGAGAAGCGGGGCCAAGGGCGAAGGCCCUGCGGGAGGAGAGCGGGUCGGGCGCGGAGCACAAGUUUAGAGGGGAAGGCGACGCAGCCCUGACGGAAGUAAGGCCCGAGGAAGAGGCGCAAGCCCCCCAGAAAGAAACGGUGGGUGAGGCUGCGUAUGAAGCUGAGGGCGCCGCUGACCUGGCCGAGGCCGCAGGGCCGCCAGGGGGAGGGCCGCCGGGAGACGGAGCCGCGGCUGUGCUGGAGGCAGCACGUGGACUUGAAGAGUCCUUAGGAAACGGAGCAGCUCCCAGCAAAAAGGAAGGAGGGGAAGGACGGCGAGAAGCAGGAGCCGCAGCGCCCAAAGGCAGAGCAGAGCGGCCGGGUAGCGGGGACGCGGCCGCCUCGGCCCAGGACGAGGGGCUGGGCCCCGAGGGCGAGGGGGCUGAGCUGGCCGCAGAGGCCCAGAACCACGGCGGCUGUGCAGGACCGGGAGGGAGAGGUAAGGAGGAGCCUUUACAAGGGCGACAAGGAUUGGGGGGCACAGUGAUGACCCUCGAAGAUGUUCCUGAGGGAGAUUCUGUGAUGGCAGAACAGUUGAGUGAAGAAGUGAUGGAAAAGGACCCAGAGGGGGAAGUGGAAGAAGAGUGCACUGUGGAGGCAGGAGUGAUGCGCAACAGGGUCACAGAGGAGGACCGGAGCGUGCAAGCAUCAGUAGCUUCUGAUGAAGACAUCCCCCAAGGAGAAGGAGAGGCAGAAAGGGCUGCAGAGGAGAGGGAGGCAUCGACAGAUUUGAAGACAGCUGAGGGGAAAACAAAACCAAAUAAAGCCUCCUCUUCAGAUGCUGCUGGUGAGGAAACUUGGCACAAAGUGGAUGAGUUACUAGGAAAAGAGGCAGCUGCAGAGAAGGCAGCCGAGGGGGAAAUAGCGCUGAGCAGGGAGGAUGAGCCAGUGGCAGAGGCGGUGACACUGACUUGGGCACCCGAGGCUGAGGCGGGAGUUCUACAAGAACCUUCAGAGCUGGAAGAAAAGGCCCCGCAGCUGGGGCAGGAGGGCGAGGGAGGGGCCGCUGAAGCCACUCUGCAGGCAGAGGCCUUGGGAGAGGAGGGGAGCACAGGGGGCGGUGAUGGGGGUCAGGGGGCAGGUGCAGCUGAAGAAUUCAGUCCAGGAGUAUCCCAGGAAAGAGAAUCAGAGCCCAGUAGAGAGAGUCCACAGGACGUUGAAACACACCCUGGAGGGCCCGACUGCACUGGAACCCAAGAGAAGCAAGAGCAAACAGUGCAAAGGGAAAGUGAGAAUGCAGAUGUGUCCCCGAGCAACAUGGAGGCCGAAGAGACUUCGUGGCACACGAUAUUUUAAAGAUAUCUUCUGGAAGACUUCAACGGUGGAGGAAGACUCGCCAAAGCAUCUUGCUAGAACUUUAGCCUUUUUUUUAAAAUCACUGCUUGUCUGAGCUGGUAGACCAGUAAAUGACACUUCAGUCUGUCCAUGCUGGUGGGUGGUAGUGUGUGCGUACCUUGAGAAUAGCUGAAUAGGUCUGUAGGCCUCUCAAGAGGGGCUCUGUUUCCUAAUGGAGGACUGUGAGCCUGUUAACAUAUUCAUCAUAGCUAACAUGUCUAUAUGCAAAUCAAACUGAUAGUUUUCAAAUGUUUGGUUUUUACUGAAGAUCACCUGAAAUGUCCAGUCCUGACAUCUGGGGUUUGUUUAAAUUUUUUUUUAUUUUUAAUCAAGUAUUAGUCCCAGUUCCAUUCAUGAGAAUUUAAAAAAAAAUCUGUGGCUUGGGGCUUCAAUGACUUGGUUUAUACAAAUGAGCUCAAAAGGUUCUUCCAUGUACACUCAAUACUAAAGAUUUCUGUAGACCUCCAAGUCCUCCCAUAAAAGGAUUCCAUGGCAUGCAUACUCACUUACACUUAGAAAUAUUCAUUCUGUGUAUGCCAGAAGAGUAAUUUAAAGUGGGAAUCUUAUUUCAAAAUGCUCUUUGCUUUUUGUGUGUGUUUCUAUAUUUUUGCUUUCUGAGGUGGACUGGUAAAUGCUUGUGGCAUUUCAUCCCUUGGGGACCAUUCAUAUUUAAGUCAAAGUAGCAAAUAAUUUAUCUGAGUGAAAGGAGUAACAAUAAUUACAACAGGCAAACAUUGUCCAUCAGCACAUAUACUUGCAUUUUAGACUCUAGACUCUGGUUGACAUCAUUCAAUGGAAAAGAAACUUGGAUUAAUCAGUGUUCUGCUCCCUUUCUGGGUUCUGUUAUUUCAAACUUGUGAACUACCCUUGUAGUGCACUGUAAAUCAACAGUCACCAUCACUUUCUAAAUCCCCCCCCCAUAUUGCUAGAAAUAAAUGUGGAUCAUCAUGCCUCCCGGGGUUUCAAUUUCCUUGAAGACAUCUUUGUUCAUAUACCAGUACUCCCAAGGGCACAAAUGUUUGGCCAUCUUUCCUCCUCAUGAGGAGGUGAAAGAAAAUUUCCUAAAGCAGUGAUUCUUCAGCUGGAUUACUAAUUAGACUCAUGGGCACUUUCGUGAAUGAGUCAACCACUGGUCCCAUCCCAGAGAUUCAGAUUUAAUUAGUUUUAGAUGGGUGUAGGCAUCAGUAUAUGUAUAUUUUUAAUUCAGGUGAUUCUCUUCUGUAGCCAAAAUUGAAAACUGCUACCCUAAAUCAUCAUAUAGUCCAUGCUGGCUGCUCUACACUCUGUGUCCCUAAGUGCCAGGCAUAUAUAUCUUUAUAGGUGUUUCAUUUUAAUAAAUAAAGGAAGGAGCCGUUCAUUGAUCAAAGAUAUAAAGGCUGAGUAGUUUCCAGAGGUGGUCCCUUGAUCAGGAUACCAGCAUUACCUGGAACUGUUUCAAAUACUACUAUCCACCCUCAUCUCAGACCUAUUAAAUUGGAAACUGUGGUUGGGGCCUAGCAAUUGGUGUUUUAACAAGCCCUCCAGGUAAUUCUGAUGUGCUUUAAAGUCUGAAACUGCUGUCAUGGACUAUUGAUAAUAUUGAGGAUUAGUCCCAGCUGGAAAAUUGAUUGCAGAAGCAUUGUGAGCUCCUCUGUCUCUGAGUCUCUCUAUCUCUUUCUCUCUUUUCCUGUCUCUCUUGUCUCCCUCACUGUUUUUCUUUCUUUCUCUAGGAAAGAGCACUCACUCUGAAAGUGAUUGAUUCAACUCUAGUUUUUACUGUAACUGUAAUGUGUUUAUAAGUCUUUCAGCCCCACCUCCUGUUGAGGAUGAGCAUCACUAAUGGCACAUCCUAGACCCGCAUGGUCUGUGUUCCUGUUAUGAGUGGAUUUCAUCUGUGUUGUUUCCAGUUUCACUUAUCACUGAGCUGCAUUACAGUGGAGCUCUACAGUAUUUGUUCCCUGAUCUCAACCCCAGUGUUACAGAGCGCUUUGGAUACAGAGCACCUUACGGGAAGAAUUGUAAACUCCCUGAUUCCAUUGAAUGAGUUUUGUACAAUGUGCUAAAUGGAAAUUGCAUUGGAUUAUUUUUAUAUUUAACACAUUCUAUCAAAACAUUCUGUAACAUAAUUCUACAAUCUGCAUGUGGGUUUAACUGUGAAAUUCAGUGUUGUGAUAUUUUGAUUAAAUGAAUUCUUUCUCUGAAAAUACUAUGUUAAUAAAAUUAUUUCUCUGUUCAACUGAA